UGUGGAUGAAUGCACACUUGGAGCACACGAUUGUGGACCUAUGUAUCAAUGUAAAAAUACUCAGGGAAGCUUUCGUUGUGUACCUAAGCGUUGUGAAGAUAAUCAAGUUUUGGACCCUGGAACUGGGGAAUGCAAAUCAGUAAAUUGUCCGCCUGGAUAUAGGCCCAGAGAUGGACGUUGUGAGGAUGUUGAUGAAUGUAGGGAAAAGGCUAUUGCUUGUCCUAUUUAUGAGGAAUGUGAGUUAAAAUGUUAUUUCGGUUUAUGGCUGUUACCUGAAAACGAUAUCCGGUGCUAA